AUGUGCUACGACCGCUACGUGUCCAUCUGCAAACCCCUGCACUACGGGACCCUCCUGGGCAGCAGAGCUUGUGCCCACAUGGCAGCAGCUGCCUGGGCCAGUGCCUUUCUCAAUGCCCUCAUGCACACGGCCAAUACAUUUUCCCUGCCCCUGUGCCAUGGCAAUGCCCUGGGCCAGUUCUUCUGUGAAAUCCCCCCCAUCCUCAAGCUCUCCUGCUCAAAUUCCUACCUCAGGGAACUUGGGCUUAUUGUAUUCUCCCUCUGUUUAGCAUUUGGUUGUUUUGUUUUCAUUGUUUUCUCCUAUGUGCAGAUCUUCAGGGCUGUGCUGAGGAUCCCCUCUGAGCAGGGACGGCACAAAGCCUUUUCCACCUGCCUCCCUCACCUGGCUGUGGUCUCUCUGUUUAUCAGCACUGCCUCAUUUACCUACCUGAAGCCCCCCUCCAUGUCCUCCUCAUCCCUGGAUCUGUCAGUGUCAGUCCUGUACUCGAUGGUGCCUCCAGCCCUGAACCCCCUCAUCUACAGCCUGAGGAACCAGGAGCUCAAGGCUGCCCUGAGGAAAAUGAUGACUGUAUCUUUUCAGAAACGUUAAACUUUUCUGUUCCAGAACGUUGUGAAUGUAACUUUUUAAA